AAAAUACAUUACUUGCGGCUGGGACACUGAAUAGACCGGGUUUAUAAAAUAGUCAAGUCCAAUCUCAAUAUAGUACAUUUUCAAUUUGUUUUUUAAACGUGAACUAGCAUACGAAUUUUCGUAGAGAAAAACAAAAUCAACAAAAUGCAAAUUCAAGUUAUUAGUUUAGUGAUUUGUGCCGUUUUAUCGGCUGCUCUAGCUGAGGUAUAUUUUGAAGAAAAAUUCAAAGAAGGAAACUGGGAAGAUAAUUGGGUGUACACCAAAGCUGAAGGCAAAGAAUUCGGAAAAUUCGAAUUGACUGCUGGAAAAUUCUACAAUGAUGCUGAAAACGACAAAGGUCUUCAAACUUCUCAAGAUGCUCGAUUCUAUGGAAUUUCUCGUAAAUUCAGUCCAUUCAGCAACAAAGACAAACCAUUGGUCAUUCAAUUCUCUGUAAAACAUGAACAAAACAUUGACUGCGGUGGUGGAUACUUGAAAGUGUUUGAUUGCUCAUUGGAUCAAACAAAUUUGCACGGUGAAUCGCCAUACUUGAUUAUGUUUGGCCCAGACAUUUGCGGACCAGGCACCAAAAAAGUCCAUGUCAUCUUCAGCUACAAAGGCAAAAAUCAUUUGAUCAACAAGGAAAUCCGAUGCAAAGAUGAUGUCUUCACUCAUUUCUACACAUUGGUUGUGCAACCAGACAACAGCUACGAAGUAUUGAUCGAUAACGAGAAGGUUGAAUCAGGCAAUUUGGAAGAUGACUGGGACUUCUUGCCACCAAAGAAAAUCAAGGAUCCAGAAGCCAAAAAACCAGAAGAUUGGGAUGAACGCGCCACCAUUCCAGACCCAGAAGACAAGAAACCAGAAGAUUGGGAAAAACCAGAGACCAUUCCAGACCCAGAAGCCACCCGACCAGAUGAUUGGGAUGAUGAAAUGGACGGCGAAUGGGAACCACCAAUGAUUCCAAACCCAGAAUACAAAGGCGAAUGGUCACCAAAACAAAUCGACAAUCCAAACUACAAAGGAGUCUGGAAGCACCCAGAAAUCGAUAACCCAGAAUAUACACCAGACACAAACUUGUACUUGCGCGAAGAAAUCUGCACCGUUGGUUUGGACUUGUGGCAAGUAAAAUCCGGCACCAUUUUCAGUAACUUUUUAUUCACCGAUGAUGUUGAAUACGCCAAGGCUCAAGCCGCUGGUGCCAAAGAAACACAAGAAGGCGAAAAGAAGGUCAAAGAUCAACAAGAUGAAGAAGAACGUAAAAAGGCUGAAGCUGAAGCCAAGGCCAAUGAACCAGCUUCCAAAUCAGACGAUGAAGAUUUGGAUGACGAAGAUGAUGAAGCAACUGGUGAAGCAACACCAGCCGAAGAACACGACGAAUUGUAAAUUCCAAAACCGAAUGUCAUCCGCGCACACACAAACACACACAAACACACACAUACACACAAGCAAACAACAAUUUUUCAACAUCAUUUUCAUCCAACAGUCAUUUUCUUUCCUGCCGUGCCCAAUACCACACAUACACACGGGUGUUUUGUUCUAAUUUGUAUAAACUCACCUAGCAUCGAUUUUUUUUUGUUUAAAAAGUAUUUAAAUCUGUGCUAACAAUUAUCCUAGCGAUACAUUGGAAGUCAUUGAAAAAAAAGAGAAUUCAAAUAUGUAACGGCAAAACAUUGUAAGAAAGAUCCAAUUUUGUGUAGAUUUUCGUAUUGUGUCUGAAAAAAAAUUUGAGAAAUCAAAAUAGGCUGUAAAUAUUGAAUUGGAAUUUUAAUAGAUUGAUGGCAAUAUAUAUUAUUAUAAUGCCAUCAAAAAUGGAAAAACAACAUAAAAUUAUGAAAACAUUUAUCAAAAAGUUAUGCAUUUUUUUUAGUUUAAAAAAGGAAAUAAGUUGUAUAAUUUCCUUGCGUAAACGAUAAAUAAAUUCUUUCGUUUUAGUUUAUAUGAAUUUCUUCUUCCUUUUUUGAAUCAAAAAUAAAAUUCGAAGAGUGAAAAUUAAAUUCGUCGUCGCCUUUUUUUGGUCAACCGUAUUUAUUUGCUUAAAAUUCAAAUUUUCCAUUUUUGAGAUGCCAAUUUUUGGUUUGCUUGUGUGCUUUUUUAAUAUUCUAUGUCAGCUCGGCGAUCCGUCACACAUUAUUUAUAUGAAUAUACAUUGCAAAUUGAGAGCAUUGCAUUUAAUUUAUAUAAGAGAAGAAAAAAAAAAGAGAAAACAUUUGUAUCUAUUUGUAAGAGUAAAACAUUUGUCGACUGAUGUUUCACACUAAAUAAUUUUUAGUUUUAUUGAGAGAUUCAAUAAAUUAUUGAGAGUUCCAGAAACUCACCGAUCUA